AUGGAGUUAGCCAAGCUCUCGAUAUAUUCAUCGCUGAUCGUGUUGGCGUUGACCUUUUCCGUCUCAGCCGCUAGCGACGAAUCUGAAUCGAAUGAGUUCGUGGUGACGUUGGAUCACUCGAAUUUCAAGGAUUUUGUCUCCAAGAACAAAUUCGUCGUGGUUGAAUUUUACGCGCCCUGGUGCGGUCAUUGCAAGAAACUUGCUCCAGAGUAUGAGAAGGCUGCUUCUGUUCUUAGCGCACUUGAUCCUCCUGUAGUCUUAGCAAAAGUUGAUGCUAGUGAUGAGCAAAAUAAAAUCAUUGCUAAUGAAUUCGAGGUCAGAGGUUACCCUACACUUAAGAUACUGAGAAAUGGAGGCAGUGUUAUUCAAGACUACAAAGGACCCCGAGAUGCAGAUGGUAUUGUCACUUAUUUAAAAAAGGAGAGUGGUCCUGCUUCCUUUGAAAUCAAAUCCUCCGAAGAUGUCACAUCUGUAAUCGACGAUAACAAGAUUCUUGUCGUUGGCGUGUUUUCAGAAUUUUCUGGUGAGAAGUUUGAGAAUUUCACCUCUUUGGCUGAGAGACUGCGUGCUGAUUAUGAGUUUGGUCAUACUUUGGAUGCCAAACUUCUUCCUCGUGGAGACUCCUCUGUUGAAGUACCUCUCGUUAGGUUGCUAAAGCCUUUUGAUGAACUCUUCGUGGAUUUCCAGGAAUUUGAUGUGGAUGCUUUAGUGAAAUUUGUUGAAGAAACUAGCAUCCCAACUGUGACUCUCUUCAACAAGGAUCCGAAGAACCAUCCUUUUGUCAUUAAAUACUUCAACAGUCCCAACGCCAAGGCAAUGCUAUUCAUUAACUUUACCAGCGAGCAGUUUGAUGCAUAUAAAACGAAAUAUCAUGAGGUGGCUGAGCUUUACAAGGGCAAAAACCUGAGUUUUCUUAUGGGCGAUAUUGAGGCUAGUCAAGGUGCCUUUCAGUAUUUCGGGCUCAAGGACGAGCAGGUUCCUCUUAUCGUUAUUCAAACUAAUGAUGGUGAGAAAUAUCUCAAACCUAAUGUUGAGCCUGAUCAGAUUGCCUCGUGGGUGAAAGACUUCAAGGAUGGCAAUGUUAAAGCAUACAAGAAGUCAGAGCCGAUUCCUGAAGUUAACAACGAUCCCGUUAAAGUGGUGGUGGCUGACAACCUCCAAGACGUGGUUUUUAAUUCCGGGAAAAAUGGUGGUCACCUUGCAACCCUCGCGUCCACCGCCUCCAUCAAGACCACCCCAAGGUCUGCGAGAGCAUCCUCAAGCUUAAGGCCGAAGGAAUGCCCGUUGUCUGGCUCGCCGCCGAUCUGGGCUGCGUCCGAGACAAGUCAAGAGCCUCUAAAUAAAGCUUCGAAAAUCGACGGCUUAGUCGAAGCUCAGAUCUAUAAGGCUCUCACACACACACACAGUCUCAGGCUCCAAGUCUUAUCUUCAAUGGCCUCAACACUGCUGAACUCGGUGAAUUUGAAUUCCAUUAAAGCCGUGAAAUAUGACUAUGUAAGUCUGAAGCCUUUAAAGGUUGAUAGGAAUAAUAAUAUUCACUGUGCAAGGCCUCGAUCGACAAAGACCACACGACGACGGGCAGUCACGAUAAGGGCCGGUGAAAAUGGUCCUAUAAAGAAAAUGGGGAUGAGUGACGUGGAGUGUGAAGCUGCUGUUGUUGCAGGGAAUAUUCCGGAAGCUCCUCCGGUGCCCCCCAAGCCUUCUCCGCCAGCUGGCACACCGGCCGUGACCCCGCUUCCACUUCGUAAGCGGCCACGUCGAAAUCGUAGGUCACCGGUAUUUAGGGCCGCAUUCCAAGAGACUAGUUUAAGUCCUUCGAAUUUGGUUUAUCCACUUUUCAUUCAUGAAGGCAAAGAAGACACGCCAAUUGGAGCUAUGCCGGGUUGCUAUAGGCUCGGGUGGAGACAUGGACUUGUGGAAGAGGUGUCUAAAGCUCGAGAUGUUGGUGUUAACAGCAUUGUGCUCUUUCCAAAAGUUCCAGAUGCUUUAAAGACUUCUACAGGGGAUGAAGCUUACAAUGAAAAUGGACUAGUGCCUCGAACAAUACGCCUGCUUAAAGACAAGUAUCCGGAUCUCGUAUGUUUUUUUUUUUUUCUGCUCUAUGGAGUUAUAAUGAAUGAUGAAACUGUGCAUCAGCUGUGUAAACAGGCAGUUGCCCAGCUGUUGUUAUUUAUUCAUAUUGACUUAUCUUCCAAAUUGAAUUCAUAUUUAAGGUAUGCAAGCUCAUUCUACGGUCCCUUUAGAGAAGCAUUGGACUCAAAUCCACGAUUCGGAGAUAAGAAAACUUAUCAGAUGAAUCCAGCAAAUUACAGAGAAGCCUUAAUUGAAACACGUGAGGAUGAGUCUGAAGGAGCUGAUAUUCUUCUGGUGAAACCCGGGUUACCUUACUUGGAUAUAAUCAGGCUUUUGCGGGAUAAUUCUCCUUUGCCAAUCGCUGCAUAUCAGGUUUCGGGGGAAUAUUCGAUGAUUAAAGCCGGUGGUGUUCUGAAAAUGAUUGACGAGGAGCGAGUGAUGAUGGAAUCGCUGAUGUGCCUCAGAAGGGCAGGUGCUGAUAUCAUCUUGUCGUACUUCGCCAUGCAAGCAGCUCGAUGCUUAUGUGGCGAGAAUAGGUGA